UCUAAUAGUUGAUGCUACCGGGUGAGAUAACGUGUUCGCAAGAACAUGAAGAUGGAUUUGUGUUUCAUUGACCGGACAAAAUCUUAAUUGCAGUGAUGAGGAACGUCGAACGGUUGCCUGAAUCUGUCCGUAGCUCUGUGCGUUCGGGGGUUGUGAUAGCUGAUUUGACGAAGAUUGUCGAGGAGCUGAUUUUCAACAGCCUGGAAGCAGGUGCUACGAAGAUUUAUGCUGCAGUUGGAGUUAGGAGCUGCUACGUUAAAGUGGUGGAUAAUGGAUCUGGUAUUUCAAGGGAUGGAUUGGUGUUGUUGGGUGAACGACAAGCAACAUCAAAAGUUGACCAAAUGACUCUGAUGGAUACUGGCUUUGAAAACCUUGAUUCUCAUGGAGAAGCUCUGUGUUCAAUUUCAAAUGUUUCUUUGUUGGAGAUUGUGACUAAAGCACGUGGAAAACCAAAUGGAUACAAAAAGAUAAUGAAGAACAGACAGUGCAUGUUCCUUGGAAUCAGUGAUGAUAGACAAGAGGUGGGGACAACAGUUAUUGUUCGUGACAUAUUUUACAAUCAACCAGUUAGAAGGAAGCACAUGGAAUCCAGCCCCAGUAAACUGUUGGAUUCAAUCAAGAUGACUGUGUUGAGAAUUGCCCUUGUUCAUGUUAAUAUUUGCUUCAAGGUUGUGGAUAUGGAGAGUGCAUAUGAGCUGCUACAUACUGGACCUUUAUCUUCUCCUCUACAAUUACUUUCUAGUACUAUGGGAAUUGGAGAUUCAGUUAGUUUCUACAACGUGGAUUUAUCUGAUAGUAACAUGAAGCUUUCUGGGUUUAUUUCUGGUCCUUGUGAGAAAUUCCAUUUGAAGGUAAUUCAGUAUGUCUACAUCAACUCGAGAUUUGUUUGCAAGGGCCCCAUACAUAAAUGCAUAAAUCAAUUAGCUGUGAAGUUUGACUGUUCACUUUCCAGGCUUUCUGCAUCCAGUUCUCAGAACGACAAGCAAAAUAAAUAUGACAUUUGCCCAACCUUUGUGCUAAAUCUAUGCUGUCAAAGAUCUUGCUAUGAUAUGAUCGAUUCUGGACAAUCGAGAAGAUUGGUGGAAUUUAAGGAUUGGGGUCCUGUGCUUACUUUUAUUGAGGAAGGCAUCACGCGUGUUUGGGCCCAGAAUAUUUCUCAUGAUAUGUCUGAUACAUCGCGGAGUAAUAAAAGGAAUCGCAAGCAAGACUGUCAAAUUUCUCUGAAUCUUUCCUCCCCACAACAGAAGAAGCUAUGCAAAAGAUAUGAUAGCAUACCAGAUGAGUAUUUUUUGUCACUUGAAAGGUCUCCUAGAGAAAUUCCUAAGCUUGAAAAGCAUCAUACCGUGGAAGAUUUUUCAUCUGAAACUGAAUACCAGAGGCAAACCAGUGAUGAAUCUCUUGCGGAUUACGGUAGUUAUGUGAAAGGUAAUAUAAGGAACCAUCUACCUGCUGACCGUCUUCUACUUUUGAAGAAUGUGCCGCAUACAUAUGAUACAAAGGUGGACUAUCAAUCUUCUUCAGCUUUGGGAAAUAUCUUACCUGAAUUUGACAAUAACAUAAAUAACAUGUCAACUUUACGUGGGGCCUUUUCUGGUUAUGUUAAAUUUGGCCAUAAUGUUCUUGUUGGUAAUAAUAACAGAAAAUGUCUUCUUAGAAAUUGCUCCUUUGAAAGAAGCCCAUCACGUGAGAGGUUACCUGCUCAAGAUGAAUUACUAGAAUUUGGAACUGAUGAUAAAAUUCUAAAAAGGUGGUUGGGAUGCGAUGAUGGUAUGUUAAAUGAGAUCAGCCUGGCUACUAGAGGGAGAGAUCUACGACACAACAGAUCAUCACUGUUUCAAUCCUCAUCAAUGACCCAUUAUGACAUGCAUGAAGCAUUGGAACUCCCUGAUUUUUCAGAAGAAGAUUGGAAAGGAACUUCCAUCCUGCAUUCUUUCAGAUCCGGAUGGUCUCCUAUGGCAACAGAGAAACUUACAGGGAUCAACUGUAAUGAUGGUGAUGAUGAGGGUAUUUACAGAACUUCAGUUGACCAUUACUCUGAGUUCGGUACAGAGAGAGUUAGGGGGAUCAAGUUUCAUGAUGAUGAUGAGACUAUUUACAAAAAAUCAGUUGACCAUUACUCUGAAUUUGGCACAGAGAAUGUUAGGGGGAUCAAGUUUCAUGAUGACUAUGGUGAUCAUGAGGCUAUUUACGAAAAAUCAGUUGACAGUUACUCAGAAUUUGGUAAAGAGGAAAUUAAGGAGAUCAAAAUGCAUAACGAUGAUUCUUUUUACAAAACUUCAGUUAGCAAAUACUCUGAAAUUGGUGCAGGGUUUAUUCCGGGGUGUUCUGCUUUGAGAAAGGAGGAAGAUCUGAAAUUCAGCAAUUUAAAUACUAAAGAUAGAUGGUCUCAGCAAAAAGGUACUGUAACAUGUUUCUCCUCUGGCAGUAAGAGCGAGAUUACUGAAUUUCCUUGGAGGGAUGCUAAGAAUGUGUCUUGUUGGAAGCCUUUCAAAAAAAUUUGUGAAAUGGAUUGGUCACCUUUACCAUCCUAUGUUGAAGAAAGUCCCAAAAAUUGCUCAAUGGAAUUAGCAUAUGAAACUCCACUAGAGCAUGGAUUUGGAAAAACUACUAGCAGGAAACAAACAACAAUCUUUAACAGAAACAAUCGCUAUGGAAGAAGCCAGUCAGCUCCACCUUGUUACAAAGGAAAGCAAAGAUACUUGGAUUUGACUGAUUCUUUUACCAUACUGUCUGCAAAAUGCACUAACCAGAAUAGCUGUACAAAUUUUUCCUCCAAUGAGCCGAGCAAUUCCAAUUGUGCAAGUACAAAAAUGAAAUCACAGAAAUCGGUUCAUUCAUCCCUCCUGUCGGGGGUGAAAAGAUCAUCCAUGAAUUGCUCAUUUACUGAAAGACAAGGUUCCGAAUUGACAGGAGAGAUUGUUACAAAUCAGAGUGACUCGUCACAGAAAGGAGGGCAACGUGUCAAAUUGAAGAGUGUGGAGUGUCUUGAUAUGAAGGAACAUGAAAAUUCCUUUGACUCUGGGUGCAAAUGGAGGAACUGUUGUCCAUCUACUGCAGAUGAAAACAUGCCAAAUUACUGGAAUCAGGAUAAUAUCCUUGACAUAUGUGACAUCUUGGACCUUGCUGGCGAGUCCUUAGUACCUAAAUCCAUUGACCGGAUGACCCUUGAGGAUGCCAAAGUUCUCAAUCAGGUUGAUAAGAAAUUCAUCCCAGUGGUGGCUGGAAAGAACCUUGCUAUAAUUGAUCAGCAUGCUGCUGAUGAAAGGAUUAGGCUGGAAGAACUACGACACAAGGUGUUGACUGGUGAAAUGAGGACUAUCACUUAUCUAGACACCGAGCAAGAAUUGCAGGUCUUACCUGAAAUUGGUUAUCAGUUACUUCACAAUUAUGCUGAACAAAUUCAAAAUUGGGGUUGGAUCUGCAAUAUUCAUUCCCAGGAUAGAAGUUCCUUUUCAAAGCAUUUAGAUUGUCUACACAGACAACCUACGGUUGCUAAACUUCAUGCGGUACCUUGCGUUUUGGGUGUAAAUUUAACUGACAUGGAUCUAUUAGAGUUUCUUCAACAGCUUGCGGAUACGGAUGGUUCAUCAACUGUACCUCCAUCUGUUACUCGUAUACUUAACAGCAAAGCAUGCAGAGGGGCAAUUAUGUUUGGAGACACACUACUGCCUUCUGAAUGUUCCCUCAUCGUUGAUGAGCUGAAACGAACUUCUCUCUGUUUCCAGUGUGCCCAUGGACGCCCAACUACUGUGCCUCUUGUCAACCUCGAUGUUUUGCACCAUACAAUUGCUAAGAAUCAUUCACCUAAGGAGCCAUGGCAUGGACUCUCCCAACAUAAGCUCAGUUUAGAGCGUAUCACCCGGCGUUUAAACUCUACACCCCCUUGAGGUUACUAUGGUCAUUUCUCGGUUGGUUUCCGGAUACAUGGCAGGUAUGCUUUCUUGUGCCGUCUUCUGUGGUUAUACAUUAUAGUAACUCCGGGGGAAGAUCGAUGAAAAGUUAUUAUGGUCAAUCCAGAUUUUUAACCCUCAGUUUCUUUACAGUUAGUUCUGCAUCAGCAACUUUGCCUGCCUUUAAUAAAUCAGAUAAAUUCUGCUCUUGAUUCUAUAGCCUUUAGGAUACAGAGUAUGGUAUACCUAUACAUACAUACAUACAGAUUACCAUGUGUAAAUAUCACAUCCCAAAUUCCUGGUUAUAAUUUUUGUUGGUAGAUGGAAGCCUUGAGGAUUUUAGAACAUUUCAUAGUCGUCCAUAAGAUAGUGAGAUUUUGGUUAUUGAUGUAUUAUUCCAAAGAAAAA